CUUUGUCCCACCCCGUUUCUGAUUGGUCUGAAUUGAUCCACCCACAUACACACACCUGGCUUUAUAAAUCCCCAUUAAGACGCUGGGACUCUCCUGUAGAUGAUGUGAGGGGUUACUAGGCUGUUUAACCAGGUUUUGACCCGACACAGAUGGCGGAUUGGAAGGUGCCAGUGAGCUACAACUACAGUCCGUCGUACCAUGCUUACGCGUACGGGUUAAUGUACCCGCAGACACCCGAGCAAACCCCCGCUAAUGUGAGCUGGGCAGAGGCUGCUUAUGGCUCCUCUGUAGGGGUAACCGGGGGUUACUACACCUCCCAGCCGCCGUCUUCUCAAACCCCGCCCGGGAGUCCGGAAUACAACAAGCCGACCUCUGAAGGCCAUUAUCCGGGCUCAGUCGUGUACUACGCCGACUCCAAGGCGCACACGCAGACCGGGCGUCUUUUCCUCUCGCACAAUCGGGUUCACUUUGACCAAAUGAGCAAGGAGCAGGAGCGAGCAGGCAGUGACACACCGAGCGACUCCGAGGCCCACACACCAGAUUCUUGGAGUUCGGGUAGCAGUCGGGAAGGCAGCGCAGCUCCAGUGGAUCUAGAUCUCCCCGACUGGGUUAAGAAAGAGCAGGCACACGAGCCCGACAGCGGCAGCCCCGACGGCACCGAGGUCGUUUCCAGCUCUCUGUCAGCAGCCUCAGAAGCUCUGAGUUGUAUGAAUGUGGAGAGAGACGGUGGAUUGUCCACGGUGUCCACAGUCGCUCCGUCUCCUGAGCCGGUGGCGGCGCAGCAGCCGCGCAAGGCCAAAGCGCGCACCGCCUUCUCUGAGGAGCAGAUGAGCGCACUGAACGACCGCUUCAACAUGCAGAGAUACCUCACUCCCGCGGAGAUGAAGACUCUAGCAGGACUCACUGGGCUCACCUACAAACAGGUGAAAACCUGGUUUCAAAAUCGCAGAAUGAAACUCAAGAGGCACCAGAAAGAUAAUAGUUGGGUGUCUGAGAGAUACAUCACCACUGGGAUUCCAAAUGCACAGACUACACAUUCUCAGUUCCAGGUAGAUGCACCGAUACUGACCCAAGACCUUUAUAACAACCCUCAGUUUAGAGAUGCUGUAUUCAAGAAGAGCCCUCCACAGACACCCUCCUUUUACCUCAACUACUCUCGGCCACUGUCCCCUUCCCAGGUCUCUCCUCGGCCUCAGGGAAGUUGGCGUCUGCCCCCAGCUGUGCAGCACUAUGAAUUCCUCAAUCCUUCCAGCUAUGUGCCAGUUGGUGGGAAUGCUGGUACUGGUGAUAUUUGCACUGUUGAUCCAGGCAGUAGCCCUACACAGAUGACCACAGUGCAUAAUGCCACACAGUGGUCAUCUUGAGCAACUGCACUUGCUGUCUGUGGUUUGUGACAUUGUGUGUAAAUAGUUUUGGAUCCAACUGCUUUUGAUUAUAGCCCAGGGUUUCCCUGUUUCACUCAUGAGGGCUAGGGUCUGGCACAAUUUGGUUAUUUCUCAGUUGAUUAGGUGAGUGAAUGUUGGAGCAGUGUCAUUUAGAACAAUUCUAGACCCUGACCCUCCAAGACUGUAAUUGGGAACCCUGUUGUAGACUGUCUGUGAAUAGCUUUGAUGUAAGGACCCGUUACAUGUUUUAAAAUUUGCAGCAAACUCUCAUGCAAAUUUGUAAGUGCUUUAUGAGCACGGAAAUUUUUGUCCAUCCACUUUUAUAUGGAAGAUCUAUUUUUAUAAUUUCAAUGAACCUUCCAGAGUAUUUAAUGUCUUAUCAGGAACCCUUGCUCUUUUUAAUCCCUGCAAUGUUCAAGACGUUUUCUUUGGCCCUUGUCUUUCCUAUACUCUUGCCUAUACUACACUUGCAUGAUGUCAUGGGGUGUUGAAGAAUAAAUGUUUUAUGUGGUGUUCCUGAAAAUGCCUUGAUAUUCACUUACUCUUAAAGCAAACCUUUUAUAUAGCCCCAGCUCUUCCUACUUUUUUCUUACAGUAAACUGUGGCAUCCACAACCAUUUGUUGGUCAUAAUUGUUUCAUAACUCUUUACUAUGGCUCACACCUACAGUAUGGCUUGUAUAUGGUUGUCUGCCUUGAAGACUAGCUGGACAGCAAUGACCAAAAAAAGACAUGUGCUCCUCGAGCUUUUGGUACAUUGAAUUGUAUAGACUAAACCUUUGUGAUUGCUGUUUGAAAGCCAUGUAUGAUGGUUGCAAGUUUCUCAGAUUUGGAAUAGAUAUUUUAUGAUUUUUCUAUUAAAUGCAUUCCUUGAA